GAUAACAAGGUCUUCCUCCAACCACCACAACCAACUUGGACCACGACACAUAACAUUCGCCGCUAAUACACCCAAGACUUGCUUUUGCGAUGCAGGCUGCAUCGCAUGGGACCCGGCAAGUUCCUCGCCAUGUCUCCAAUGUGAUUCUUGGAACUGGACCCGGGAACAGAGCUAGAUCUAUACACACACCGGCGUUUGCUAGAUUCACCUACUCCGCCCCUGUAGGAGCUACAAAACGAAUUGCAUCUCAAGCUCGUACUAUCUUAUCUCGUUUUGUGGGCUAUCUUACUGCUCCGGGCCUCUCGGCCCAUUCACGCACUUUCCAACAAGCAGUUCGAGGCUCGGCUCCGGGACGUAUGAGCAGCAUCCAGGACCGGCUGUCAUUUUCCGCAAGAUAUGCUCUUUCACGUCCUGCUCAGCCGCUCUUCUUCCCACGUGGUCCCACAUUUGUGACCCGUUCAGUCAGUCAGGUAGGACUGGGCACCACCAGAAAUUUUACUUCCGGACGUUCUGUAUUCCAAAAUCUAGUUGAGAAUGUCCCGAUCACAGGCCGUGCUCUCUGGGAGGCGGAUUGGGAGGUUCGUAUGCAACAAGAAAGAGCCGCGAUGAAAAAGAUUUCGAAAGGUAAAGUCGCUCAGGUACAGCACAAGGAAAUGUUGAAAAGGAGAAGUGUCUUCGCACCCCUUCCCGUCCCGGAGCUAGUCCCAGAGUCAGUUUCGGAGAUGGAUCACUACUUUGCUUCUCCGAUUACUCCUCAAGUCUCCACUAUAUUGUUCAUACCCCUUGCGCCCACACCUAACCAACGUGUGCCUCUUCCUUAUGAUUUUCCUGAUCAUGUGACAUUGCUUCCUUUUCCUACCCUUGCAUCCAUUCAUAACUCACAUGAGCUGCACUCGUUACGUGUAUCUGCACUCUUUUCCCGACUCGAUGUCGCGAAAGUAUGGGAGAAAGGUGUAUUGUCCUCCGCUUAUUCUAAGCACGGUGGGGAAGAAGGUGUAUGUACCAUUCUGAAAAUCGAAUUUGUCGGUUGGACAAUGGCCGAAGUACGUAGUGUCAUCGGCGAAAGUGGUACUGGUUGGUGUGCGCUUGAGGAGGUUGUCACGGAAAUGCAGCCAGAGGAGGAGGAAGAUUCGUUCUCGGAUGCUUCGUCUGUUCUGUCUGCGAUCUCAGGAGGAGAAAGCAUGAGUUUGUCUUCUACCCACGAGCCAGCUAAAUCUCUCGUUUUACCAACGUUAGACUUCUCCUCGUCCUCUGUUCACCUUCCCAUGUCGCGUACCUAUGCCAACCACGAUAUGUUCUUGGAAACACAAUCGGAUCCUUGGGCAGAUUCGUCUUCGGACGACAGCUGGGUAGAUCACAGUCAUCUAGAAUUUAGCUCCGACUUCGUCAGUAGGCUUCAUAUGGACCAGUGAUGUUCGUCCCCAAGUGAUCAUCCUGUUUAAACAAAUCGUCUUCGCUCCACCAAAAAGAACAAAAAAAUGAUCAUCUUCCUGUACUCUCAUUAAUUGGUACCUUUGUGUAUUGCUCCUGCUCUUCCUUUUCUUUCCUUCGUGUAUAUCACAUAUAUGUCUUUCUCUAAUUGUAAUUGAAAACACGUCUUCAUUA